ACCGGCUGGGGCGGCCCCCAGGCAAGUUCGCCCCGAGAGCCGGUUGCCGCGGGCCGAGAUGCUCCUCCGGGACCUGGUGCUGCGCCGCGGCUGCUGCUGGCCCUCGCUGCUGCUGCACUGCGCGCUCCACCCGCUCUGGGGCUUCGUACAGGUGACACAUGGUGAGCCCCAGAAGUCUUGCUCCAAGGUGACUGACAGCUGUCAACACAUCUGCCAGUGCCGGCCCCCGCCCCCGCUGCCUCCUCCACCCCAGCCCCCUCCCGCCCCCUCACUGAUCUCGGCCCCCCCUCCCAGCUCGACCUCGUGCCCCGCUGAGGACAGCUGGCGGUCGGGGCUGCUCACCGUCAUCGCUGUUUGCUGCGCCUCCCUGGUGUUUCUCACUGUGCUUGUCAUCAUUUGUUACAAAGCCAUAAAAAGGAAACCCCUGAGGAAGGAGGAGAACGGCGCGAGCGUGGCCGAGUACCCCAUGACGUCGUGUCGGAGCAGCAAGGGCGCAGACGUGAACAGCGCCGUGGUGUGAGUGCAGCCCAGGACCCGCUGGCUUGCUGAGGGGCACCUUGGUGGCACUGGUGGACAUGAGCUGACACUGCACUUGUCCUGGACUUCAUUGCCUUGCCAGCCUCGAGCCCCUCAAAGGAGAGCGCGUUCUCCCAGCCGUGCGCCCCGUGGGGCAGCGCAGCCCGGGCCCAGCGGAGCUCGCCUGCAUGCGGCCCCCGGGGGCGCCACCACCCGAGGCUCCCUGCAUCUCGUCCUGUGCUCCACCCGCCCUGUCUCCCAGCUACUGUCUAAAGCACACGCUCUGUCGAAGGCAGAGGGUCUGUCUGCUGAGUGGAGGGAGGCGGCCCCCUUUAGCCAAAAGAAAGGCAAUCCAGGGGCCACUCCCCUGCCAGAAAACCUCUCCUCGCCCCCAGGAAGCCUGCCUUCUGCUCUGUUGACUGUACCCUUCCCAACAGAAGCCAUCGGCACAGCCAUGAGACGUCCCCUUUCUAAGGUGCUUCCCACACAGCUGUCUGUCGCCCCAUCUGCUACCUGCCUUCUCCCUCUUGUCCCCAUUGACACCCUGGGCCCCUGGAUCCUGCCUGACUCCCGACUCCCUGCCAUGGAGGGCUGGGAGCCCAGCCUGAAAGUCCCCUCCUGACUGAGCACACCAAGGGGGCUCCUUUACACCCCGGGGUAGCAGCUGGCCUUCCAGAGGCAAAAGGACUCACUGAGCCCUAGGCCAAGGGCCUGGGAAGGACAGAAGCCAUGACGCCUGUUCUCAGAAGCAUCCUCACACCUGACCCUCAUCAGAACUGCCACAUCUGUGUGAGCCAGGCCCUGCCUUCAUCGGGCAGAGGCCACACUGUGCCAAACCCACCGCGGGCACUCUGGGCUGGGCUGGGACAGCCCGGCCUGGCGCUGGGUCUCCCUGACACUCCCCUGUAGCCCCGAUCAGGGACUCAGACCUUCUCCUGAGAACCCCUGGCC